CUCAUCGCGCCGGCGCUGUGCUCUCAGGAAAGCGUCGAUGCGCAGAAAAUAGCGUUCCUGCUGCGAAAAGCCUGGACGCUGUACAGCGUGACGCCCCUGUUCCGCUUCCAUCGCGCCCGCCUCACGGAGUACGCGCGGCUGCUCAGCGCCUUCAUCGCCGCCGAGAAGAGGAAGGGCCUGGCGGUGGAGGUGGGCGUCGAGCUGGACAUCAAGGUGGCCCUGACCAGCCUUGCCGACCUCAGGGGCAGCGAGCUGGACCAGGCUGCCCUCCUGGUGCAGCUCUCUUCAAGGUCACAAGCUUCCUCCAGGAACUCUGAAGACAAGCUGGUGUGGUCGGGCUGGUUCUGCUCCAUGUUUGGAGAUGACUUUUCCGAGAAUGUGCUGGAGGACUUCACCUGCCUGCCCCUGUUCCUGAGCCACGGGGCUGAGAGCUACACGACCUUGGUUGGAAGCUGGUUCCAGAAGACUUUUGACUGCUGUUUCCGCCGCCUGGCCAUCAGCCCCCUGAACCUCAGCUGGAUGGUGGCCAUGUGGGCUGGCUGCAAGCUGGACAGAGCUGCCUCUGCCGUGGAACUCGUCUUCUCCGUGCCCUGCCUGUCCCAGCCCCUGGAUAUUUCGUAUGCCAUCCACCCAGAGGAUGCCAAAGCUCUGUGGGACACGGUGCAAAAAACGCCGGGAGAGAUCACCCAGGAGGAGGUGGAUGUGUUCAUGGACUGCCUUUAUGCCCACUUCCACAGGCACUUCAAGAUCCACUUGUCAGCUACAAAGCUGGUGAAGGUUUCCACAGCGGUUGCCUCGGCACACUGUGAUGGGAUUGUAAAGAUUCUACACAGCCAAUACCUGCCUGGAGUGCUGAUGCUACUGACUGAACUUGCAAUCUCUCAGAUACAGUGAGAGCCAUUUCAGUAGCUCUUGAUACUAAAGAGCCUUUCUGUUUGGACAGUCUGUGCUGAGAAACCAACAGGAAAUUGACUCCUGCAGCAUCUUCUUUCCUCUCAUUCUGGCUGUCUGCAGUUGGACUGUAACAACAGCACUUGGCUGUGUAACUCCAUGCCGUGCACAGCAAAGUCAAGCAGACAUUUGGCCCUGAACAAGGGUUGCAAUGCAGACUUGUGCCAGCUUCCUGAGCAGCUUUUUUUUCUCAGUCACUCAUUUCAUUUAUGUGCAGAUAUCAGCUCAGAGACAAACACUGCAAAUUAUUGAUGCAACUUGCUGACAGGUAUUUAUUUCUGUGCUUCAAAGUUAGUUUUCACUGGACAGCCUAAGCCACACAGGCCUUGGCUAAACUGUGACUACUCUUGGGCUAGUCUAAAUGCAGAGUUCAGCACACCUGAGAAAGGGUGCAUGCUCUAGAAUCCAGGGCAGAAAUAUCCAGGUUUCUAACUCCCUUUUUAGCUUGUUAAGGAUACUUGGUAAUGGUGAUAAUGUUCAUGUACAUUCCAGUUGGGCAUGAGAUUGGACACAAGGCACUUGUCAGUCUGUUGGUCCUCCCAGGCAAGUUAAUAGAUAGGAAAGUGAGGUGUGGAUAAGCUUGCUAGUUACUAGGCUUUGUUGUGAUGUUUGUCAUCUUGGAUGUAAUCCUGUAGGCCAGAGAGCUCUCAGGGUUAGAGCUGUGUGCUAGAAUUUGAUGCUGGAACCCUCCCUUCUGGAGCAAGGGUUCAGAGGGACAGUGCCCAGUGUCUGGCUAGACAUUUAAGGAGCACAAAGUAGCACCAGCUAAGAUGUUUUGUAAUACAGUUAUAAAUAAAAUAACUUCCAUCCUUUGUCUUAAGGAAAGACCACCUAUGCCUAAUUAAAUAUCUCCUUGCAUGGAGCUUAUAUCCAACUGUAGUUUACCUGACUAAGCCACCACUUGUUACUUAAUAAAUGCUUUUGUAAGCAGCAACAUUCCAACUCUAGUUUCUUGCUUCUCACUUGUGCAGCAUCUCCAGGAGCUGAUUUGUGUCCUAUGACCUUCUCCUAAAUAGGGAUGCAAGUUUCCUCUCUUUUCCCAGUGUAAAACUGCCUAACAUGACAUAACUGCAUGCCUAGUUUCUAACCUUUUUCCAGAAUUAAACGAUGAAACAUG